CCUCCCCCACCAAAAUAUCUCCCCAAUCUCGCUCCCCAAACUUUUGCGACGUUGCCCCCAGAGCCUCAAGGAUUACACCCUGCACAUUAUAGAUAUCGGAAUCGGCCGACUUCUUGAUCCUUACAGCAUGGCACCGUCUACCAAGGUCUUUUCCCUCGAUGGGAAAGGUCUGAAGCUGGACACCGCGGCUGACCUGGAACCCCACAUUGCCGAGUUGCGGUCGAUGGACGAUGUCGAGGAGGUUAGGCUGCUCGGAAAUACCUUGGGAGUCGGGGCCUGCAAGCUUCUUGGAGAGGUCCUGGCGACGAAAAAGAAUCUACAGGUUGCGAAUCUAGCCGAUAUCUUCACCGGUCGUCUCCUCAACGAGAUCCCCGAGGCGCUUUCCUCCCUUCUGACUUCGAUCUUGAACCUUCCUAAACUUUCUACGAUCAACCUGAACGACAACGCGUUUGGUCUGAACACACAAGCCCCCCUCGUGGCGUUCCUCGCCGCGCACGUUCCUCUCCAGCAUCUCUCUCUGAACAACAACGGCCUUGGCCCUCAUGCCGGCAUCUUGAUCGCCGAUGCGCUCUCUGAGCUUCACGCUAAGAAAGAGGCGGCACGGAAGGAUGGUCAGGAGGUGCCUCACCUCGAGACUGUUAUAUGCGGUCGUAACCGACUGGAGAACGGCAGUAUGACUGCAUGGGCCAAGACGUUUAGCCUGCAUAAUGAGGUCAAGGAGGUCAAGAUGGUCCAGAAUGGCAUCCGGCAGGAGGGUAUCUCGCAUUUGAUUCUCGAGGGCCUUAGCUGUGCCUCUGGGCUCAAGGUCCUUGAUCUCCAGGACAAUACGUUUACGGCCAAGGGCGCCCGGGCUCUCGCGAAGGUCGCGCCGACUUGGAGUGAGCUCAAGGAACUGGGCAUCGGUGACUCGCUCCUGAGCGCCAAGGGUGGCAUCCUCCUUUCCGCCGCUCUUGGCCAGGGAAACAAUAAGAAGCUCGAGAUCCUGCGCCUGCAGUACAACGAUAUCACAGCCGCGGGGGUGAAGGGUCUCGCGAAGGCGGCAAAGGAAGCCCUUCCGGCGCUGAAGAAGAUUGAGCUAAACGGGAACAAGUUCACAGAGGACGAUGAAUCGAUCAUUGCGCUCCAGGAACUGCUUGAGGAGCGGAAAGAGAAGCUCGGUGGUGACGUUCUGGUCGAGGACGAGUGGGGUCUUGACAGCCUGAGCGACCUCGAAGAGUUGGAUUCAGAGGAGGAGGAAGAGGAGGAGGAGGAGGAGGAGGCCGAGCCCGAGGAGAGGGCCGAGAAACUCAUCCACGAGGCCGAGGAGGCUCAGGAAGAGCCAGUCAUCCCUGACAAGGACAAGGAGGUGGACGAAUUGACGAAGAAGCUCGCCAAGACAGAAAUCUGAGUUUGGACAGGCUUGAACAUAGAAUCAUGACUGCCAGCGAAUAGAGUUCCCAUUAGAGACCGCUGGUUUUAUGACAUGCAAGACGAUACCCAAAUGGACCAAAGUUGGAAAUUACCACAAGCAGUCUGUUUUAGACGGACUAGCUCGAGACGUCCUGGAAAGUGUCAACAAUGGGUGUAAAGAAAGGUUGCAGGUCUUCAAGGCUUGUGGGAGCGACAUCAGCAGUUUCUAGUUGAGCAAUUGUGACGUUGUGGUGGCGCCGCUGGUCGUCCCAUUAUCACACCACAACAGCCCGAUAUAUGGCACCUAC